UAUGAUCUUUUUUUUGUGUAGGUCCCGGUUGGGGACCAGCCUGAAGAUAUCGAGACUCAAGUCCAAGAGAUGAUUUUGUCCUACAUCUCCAACCCCAACUCUCUCAUCCUGUGUGUAUCUCCCGCCAACUCUGACCUCGCCACAUCUGAUGCCCUUAAACUGGCACGUGACGUGGACCCAGAUGGUCACAGGACGCUGCUUGUCGUGAGUAAGCUGGAUUUGAUGGACGCUGGGACAGAUGCUCUGGAGGUGCUGCUGGGCCGCGUCAUACCAGUCAGACUGGGCAUUAUUGGUGUGGUUAACAGGAUUCUUUGAUGAAUAGAAAAAUCAAAGUUACAGUAAUCAAAUGCAACUUUGACAGUAAUAAAAAUGUUACUGUAACACUU